AAUUGGUCUGCUCAGGCCAGGAUCUAUCUUUCUUUUUGCAAAAACCUUUUUUUUCUGUCUUUCAAUGUCUGGGCGUGGGAAACAGGGCGGCAAGGCGCGCGCCAAGGCCAAGUCUCGCUCCUCGCGGGCGGGCCUGCAGUUCCCCGUGGGCCGCGUGCACCGCCUGCUCCGCAAGGGCAACUACUCGGAGCGGGUCGGGGCGGGCGCGCCCGUGUACCUGGCGGCCGUGCUGGAGUACCUGACGGCCGAGAUCCUGGAGCUGGCGGGCAACGCGGCCCGCGACAACAAGAAGACGCGCAUCAUCCCGCGCCACCUGCAGCUGGCCAUCCGCAACGACGAGGAGCUCAACAAGCUGCUGGGCAAGGUGACCAUCGCGCAGGGCGGCGUGCUGCCCAACAUCCAGGCCGUGCUGCUGCCCAAGAAGACCGAGAGCCACCACAAGGCCAAGGGCAAGUAAUCGGACGGGCCUGGCAUCUUCCGGAAACGCUUUGAAACCCAAAGGCUCUUUUCAGAGCCCCCUCCCCACCUCCCGGGAAGAGCUGAUGUCACUUUAGGUUAAAGAGGGGACGCACACAGGAAGCUUCUCUGAAGAGCAAACUCAGAGCAUCUUCCCGGGAGCCCUGGCCGCUCUGCGCAGGGAGUGUUGUGUUUAUGUACAGAAAUGAGGCGAGAGGUGUGUGCGUGUUCUGCUCCUGUCCGGGAAGGCUGAGGGAGCCGGGCUCAAGGACGCGGACUUUGGUCUCCUUUCUCCCCUUCGGGUGCAGAGCUUCUCACGCACAGCUGCCUGCGUCCGGAGUGUCUGUCACCCGCGUCAGGUCCCGGGAUCACCUGGAGGGAUGGCAUCACCUUCCCAACAUCCCCGACUGAGGCUGCACCUGUGAGAGUUUCCUCUG